AUGGCAGCUACUGUAUCAGAUCCUUACGAACAAAUACCAGCUGCUCCAGCAGAUGAAGAAAUCGAAGACAGACCAGAAGCGGACAAAAAAGCUCUACUCAACCAAGUGUUCAGGUCGCUAAAACGAGCACAAGACCUUUUUUAUCAUGAUUAUACACAACCACCUCCAAUGCCAGAAGAAAAUGACAAUCUCAUACGAUCUAUAAAAAGAACGCAUGAAUAUGGAAGUGUUAUCAAAAAAGUCGAAGAAGCGAAAAAACGAAGAGAAAACGAGAUGCUGGCUCUACCUACUUCCCAACCUUCUGUUGGUGCUGGAUCAGUAAUUGCUGCAGCUGGAACUCCAUUGGCUAUUACGGAUGGAACUGGAAAAUUGGUGAAUCAACAAGCAUCAUCCCAGAAAGGAAAACUGUUGCCUUUGGUACCUCUGGGCAGUAAUCAAAAUGGAGAAGACAAAACAACUCGGUCUCUCCUUCCAUCAAAAGCGCCAAUGAUGAUGAAGCCGAAAUGGCACGCACCAUGGGAGUUGUAUCGCGUCAUCUCUGGUCAUACUGGAUGGGUUCGAGCUGUGGAUGUUGAGCCUCAAAAUCAAUGGUUCGCUACAGGCGGUGCUGAUCGAAUUAUCAAAAUCUGGGAUCUAGCCUCGGGUGGUCUCAAGUUGUCCCUAACCGGUCAUAUCAGUUCAGUGAGAGCUGUAAAGGUUUCGCCAAGGCAUCCUUUCUUGUUUAGUGGAGGAGAAGACAAGCAGGUGAAGUGUUGGGAUCUUGAGUACAACAAAGUUAUUCGUCAUUAUCAUGGACACUUAAGUGCAAUCCAAGCUCUUUCUGUUCAUCCAUCUCUUGAUAUUCUUGUCACAUGUGCUCGUGAUUCAACGGCUAGAGUUUGGGACAUGAGAACUAAAGCUCAAGUUCACUGUUUUGCUGGUCAUACAAACACUGUCGCUGACGUCGUCUGCCAAUCAGUUGAUCCGCAAGUCAUCACAGCCUCACAUGAUGCGACUGUACGUCUUUGGGAUUUAGCUGCUGGUCGAUCGAUGUGCACACUCACUCAUCAUAAGAAGUCGGUCAGAGCUUUAACGAUCCAUCCAAGGCUGAACAUGUUUGCAUCUGCGUCUCCCGACAAUAUUAAGCAAUGGAAGCUGCCAAAGGGAGAAUUCAUGCAGAAUCUAUCUGGUCACAACUCCAUCAUCAACACUUUAUCUACCAACGACGACGGAGUUGUUGUAUCAGGAGCUGAUAACGGAUCUCUUUGUUUCUGGGAUUGGAGAUCUGGAUUCUGCUUCCAAAAGAUGCAAACGAAACCUCAACCAGGAUCUAUCGAGUCUGAAGCUGGAAUUUAUGCUUCAUGCUUCGACAAGACGGGUCUCAGGUUUAUCACUGCCGAAGCUGACAAGACUAUCAAAAUGUACAAACCGGAUGACUCAGCGGUGAGAGAAAUAAUAAUAUUAUUAAUAUGUCAAGAACUAUUUCAGACCGAAGAAUCUCAUCCAAUUGUAUGGAGACCGGAAAUCGUCAAGAAGAAGGCUUACUGA